CUCACCCCCACUGCCGCCCACUCUGGCUCCCACCUUUUUGGCUUCCCACCCACGCCGCCCAAGGAAGUGUCUCCUGACCCCAGCGCCACCGGGGCUGCCUCCCCAGCCUCCUCCUCCGCAGGGGGUAGUGCUGCCCGGGGGGAGGACAAGGAUGGCGUCAAGUACCAAGUCUCCCUGGCCGAGAGCAUGAAGAUGGAAAGCGGCAGCCCCCUGCGUCCAGGCCUGGCUGCCAUGGGCACCCAGCCUGCCACACAUCACCCCAUCCCUACCUACCCCUCCUACGUGCCGGCUGCCACCCACGACUACAGCAGCGGACUCUUCCACCCUGGAGGCUUCCUGGGUGGCCCUGCCUCCAGCUUCACCCCUAAGCAGCGCAGCAAGGCACGCUCUUGCUCAGAAGGCCGGGAGUGUGUCAACUGCGGGGCCACAGCCACUCCUCUCUGGCGACGAGACGGCACCGGCCACUACCUGUGCAAUGCCUGCGGGCUCUACCACAAGAUGAAUGGGCAGAACCGGCCGCUCAUCAAGCCGAAGCGGAGACUGUCUGCUGCUAGGAGAGCUGGCACCUGUUGUGCAAAUUGUCAGACGACAACCACCACCUUAUGGCGCCGAAACGCCAAUGGGGACCCUGUCUGCAAUGCCUGUGGCCUCUACUACAAGCUGCACAAUGUGAAUAGACCACUGACCAUGAAGAAGGAAGGGAUCCAGACUCGGAACCGGAAGAUGUCCAACAAGUCGAAGAAGAACAAGAAGGGGGCGGAGUGCUUCGAGGAGCUGUCCAAGUGUAUGCAGGAGAAGGCCUCCCCCUUUAGCGCCGCCACCCUGGCCGGACAUAUGGCACCUGUUGGCCACCUCCCACCCUUCAGCCACUCGGGACACAUCUUGCCCACCCCAACACCCAUCCACCCCUCCUCCAGCCUCUCCUUUGGCCACCCCCACCCAUCCAGCAUGGUGACCGCCAUGGGCUAGGGACAGCCCUCCACGAAUGGACAGAUGGAUGCAGAGGAAGGUGGCCUGCAGCUCAAGGCCGGGUGCUCCAAGGAUGGGUGAACCAAAACCUUACCUGUCUGCCCUUCCCCAAAGACUGAUGCCUCUCCUGUCAGCCCAGCCCGAGCCCCACGCUGCCCCACCUGUGGGUGCUCUGCUCGGCAGUCGCCGGUCACUCUGAAGAUUCUUACUGGGGCUGAGUGGUGGCCUCAGCCCAGCUGCUACCCAGGUGGGGUUUCCAUCACGGACAAUUGUUGGAGAGCAGAAAGGACAACUUUAUGAAGAGAGGAGGAGGGAGUAGGGGACAAACAAAGGAAACCAUUUUUAGAAGGAAAAAGGAGUAAGCAGAAAUAACUUAUUUCACUCUUGUUCCUCCAAGGACUGGGAGAGGUCUGAGCUGCCCCAGGUGCUCCUGGUCUUCCUCCGCUUGGCCUGUCAUCCACUUGCCAGGGCUCCGAGGGCAGAUCUGUGAGGGACUUAGCCCACACCUUCUCCUGGGGCUUCCGGCUCUGAAAUGCUGAAUCCCAGGCUGGGCCUCGCCAAUCUAGAGGGGUCAUGGCCUACGGGAGGCUGAGCCAGUGCGUGCCCUGCUGAUGGGCCCUGGAGGGCAGAGACAAUCACAGUCCUACAUAGAUUCCCAGGCCAGGGCUGGGUCACAGGAAGGAAACAGCGUUUUCUUGCGAGGGGAAAUGUCUCCCAGCUCACUCCCCUGGCUCUGAGGCUGAAGCUGGUGUGGUCUGUGUCCCCUUCACAGCCGGGCUACCGCCUGCCUCCUCUGCCAGGUGGGCCCCUGUACAUACAUCCUUUUUCUGCUAAUCCCUCGACCCCUUCCCUCCCACUAUGAGACAAAAGAAAAAAUAUUUUAAAAGACUGCAUAAGCUUAACUCGCUGAUGAGUUAGUUGUUUUAUUUUUAAACUCUUUUUGGGUCCAGUCAAACGUACUUUGCCACAGAAGCCUUUCUUAUGGAAAGGAAUAAAACCUACAAAUCAAG